AUGACAAUCCAGGAAGGAACGGCAAUGCAUGAGGCUGCUUCAAACGAUGCGCUUCGUGCGCUCAAAGAUGUCGCCUUUGGCUCUGUUCGCGGCGGGAAUGGCGUCCAAAGUGCUCGAACACCCUUUGAUCUUACCAAAGUGCGGCUGCAAGCCCAGGUACUCGACAGCAACAAGCGCUUCAAGGGCCCAAUUGACUGCCUCACAAAGACGUGGACAAAUGAGGGUAUCCGAGGCUUGUACCGCGGCUUGCCCGCGCCCGUGGUCGGCGCUAUGGCGGAGAAUGCGUCCCUCUUCUUGUGUUACAAUCAGCUUCAAUCUCUUAUCCGCGGCGCAAACGGUCUCUCGUCCUCUCAGCCGCUCACACUUGGUCAACUCGCCCUUGCAGCGGGAGGUGCAGGCGCCGUGGCAAGUUUUCUCUUAACGCCCAUCGAACUUGUCAAGUGCAAGAUGCAAGUCCAAAUGCUUACAACUGGGUCACUCCUUACAGCACCAGCACCGGCGUCUGCAAAGAUAAAGACGCUCCAAGGACCGUUUUCCAUCCUCUUCUCCGUCAUCCGCACAAACGGUCUGCGCGGACUAUGGCUUGGACAAACCGGAACGCUCUUGCGAGAGAGUGGCGGAUCCGCAGCAUGGUUCACGAUGAACGAAUUCGUCUCCUCGCUCUUCAUCCGCCGACGGGAACGUCUGGCCUCUCUCCCUCCACAUUCAUUGUCCAAAAAGGAUCUCGGUGCUCUGGAACUUGGACUGGCCGGUGCGUGCGCGGGCAUCGCGUACAAUGUAUCCUUGUUCCCUGCAGAUUCCGUCAAGAGCGCGAUACAGACAGAGGAAGAGCUCCGGCCGCGUAAGCCUGGUCAACCACGCCCGACAUUCUUCGGGACAUUCAUGAGCAUGUAUCGUGCACAAGGACUCAGAGGGUUGUACGCUGGGUUGGGCGUAACGGUGGCGAGGAGCGCACCGAGUAGCGCCCUGAUCUUUCUCAUUUACGACGGACUCAACAAGCGGUUUGGAUAG